CGAAAAACAGCUCUUGCCACGUUCACAUGCUCGCUCGCAGCUCGUCGGUCCGCAGCCCAAAACCAAACGCAUAUCGAUUCUGAAAUAAAUAUUUCAAACACACUGGAUUAAAGUGUUUUCCAACCGAAAUCAAGUGCAAAGCAAAGUGAAGUGAGAAAAGCAUUAGCUAAAUCGAACGCAACCAAAUAUAAGAAAGAAAGAAUCUUUUUCGAAAGAAACGUAGAUAUUUUUGAAAACCUCGCAACAAGUACCGGUACGACCGUGUAAAAACCGCCAAAAUUCUACUCAAGGAGCGUAAAGCGAUCAUCUCAAGAAUGAAGUCCCUGACGGCCGUUUGUCAGACAGCAGGUGCCUCCGGCAUGCCGGCCCUGAAUCCCAGUGGUCGCAUCACCCGCCAUCCUCCACACCGCGGCGACGGCGAAAAUGCCGAAAUGAAGAUGUAUCUCUCCAAGCUUAAGGAUCUGGUGCCGUUCAUGCCCAAGAACCGAAAGCUCUCCAAGCUGGAAAUUAUCCAGCAUGUGAUCGACUAUAUUUGCGAUCUGCAGACGGAGCUGGAAACACAUCCUGAGAUCGGUAACUUUGAUGCCGCUGCCGCCCUGACCAGUGUGGCUCUCCAUCGGGACGACGAUAGCGAUAUGGAGGAUGAUGAGGCGGAGGAGAUUGAUUCGGAUGCGGAUGUGUUAGCCCAGCGCCUGGCCGCCGAACAGCCGGCCAAAGUAUCUAGUCCCGCCGCCCGUCUUCCGCUCAGCGACCGCCAAACGCCCAAUACCCUUGUGGCGCCACCGGCCCAACAGCAGCAGAAUCAGCAACUGCCACAGCAGCCAGCACAGCAGCUAACUAACAGUUUAUCAACGCAAUCGAACGCGGAGAAAGAUAGCCGGCAGUCGUAAGCGUGGAGGAGAGCCAGCAGCUGGAUAUAGAGCAACCUAUACUAUGGAUAAACUUAUUAACUAAAUGCAUAAACCAUAAAACGUGUAAUUAAAGUACAGUCAAAACUCCACUCGCAACCUUCGUGUGAAGAUCUCCGCAUAAAGUAACUCUCAAGAUAAGCCAGGCCCAGGCCGGACUACAGCUCCCUUGGAAGUGGAGCUCGGCUUGGUCCUUUCACACACAGAAACACAUGUUUAGUUUAAAGAAUUAACAAAAAACACACCUAGAUUUAGAGCAUCGUAAGCAAGUAAACAUUAUAAUUUACAAUUUAACAUUAAGCGCAUAAGAAUGAAUGAAAGAAUGAAGAACUUGGCAAAGCUUUAAACAAUUUAAUUUUUCCUUUAUCGCUUGAAAUCAAUUAAGGCAUAUUUUUGUUUUCCUAAUUUUAGUUUUGUUUUGGUUUAAACAACAAAAAAAAUGUUACUAAUGCAAAGCAAACAGAGAUCAGCAAUAAAAUUAAAUGGCCCCUAUAUAUAUUUAAUUCGAAUUUCGUAUUAUGAUUUCUCUCCAGAUAGUUUUCCUAUUAAUUUUAAUUAACGAAGAAGAACAUUUCCUAUUAUUGAAUAGCCAGCCGAUAAAUCAGAUAACCAGACUCAGCAAAACACUCAGCACACACAUUCAAAUUCAUUAAUUUAUAUCGAGUACGAGUACGUUUAGUAUUUAAGUUGAGAAAGUUAAUUUCCGAGCACUAAUUUUCAUAACACUCACCCCAAAAAACCACACAUGCAACCUCAUUUUAUAGUUUUUCCGAUCGUUUUCCUCUUUUUUUAAUUGAAUUAACGAUUAAUGCAUAAUAAUAAUUAUCAGAUAUACACUAAAAACUAUAAAUAUAUAUAAUAAAUAUAUGUUCUGUGAUCUGUAGCAUACUUUGUACAAAAUGUUUUUUUUAGCAUAAUUAUGCGAUUUUAUAAUUAUGAUUUGAUCCGCAAAUACGAAAUCGAAACAAAUUAUUAAUCCUGAUUCAAAA